CACAAGUGCUUGGGUUUAAAGGCAAUACUGUGUAGAAAACAGAAUAUAAACGUGUCCUAACAGGAAACAAGCAAUUUUAAAGGCAGAAGCUGGAAAGCACAAUAACAGAAACACAGGAUGGUGCUAAUCUUCACUCCCUGGCUCUAGGUAACAUCGUUCUAUCUGGAGGCAUGCAGACCAAGCUUAAGUUUGAGGAACACACAUAGAUAAAUCAUGAAUCCAUCCAAUGGGAUACCUAAUAAAUAGCACAUUAAGUACAUGGACAGAGUUAUUAGCUAUAUGCUUUAACAACACACUGGAUUUACCUGUAUAUUUUCUUACUGAAGCCCUGUGAGCUGCUCAGAUUCUGGGAAGCAUCCAGCACGAAGAUAGGAGCUGUUUCCAAGCCAUCUUGGAAUUGGGAUGAGGUUUUUGACACACAGAGCUGCCAACAUACGACGUCUGUUGAGCCCAAGAUACUUCAGCCUAUUCAGACCAGAGCUGAAAAAGAUGGAUAAUCAAUUGUUACAUAAAGCAGAAAUGGAGCAACAGCAAAAAAGCUUUGAGGGGGUUCUCCAUUAAAAACAUGGUUCUUAUUAGACUCCUCCCCAGGCAAUGAAAUAGCUAAUAGGAUUCCUUUACAAAGAGGAAAGGGAAAAAUCAGAGAGAAAAGGGUUUCCCCCAAUGUAGCAGAAGGUUGCUUACAAAAUGACUGUAAAAAUGCUUGAGAAAAACCCAAACAACCCCAUAUUGAAAACUGAAAUAGUAGCUGAACAUCCAGAAUUUAUACUUAAUUUUCAUUGUUAUUUAACAAGGAGGGAGUGGCAAAACAAUACAAGAAAGCUGCAUGGAACUGAAAGCAGGGUUCAUUUUCCACAUGUAUAAAUUCAGAUGUUGUGAAGAGAGCCAACUAAGUCCUGAUUUUUCAGGUUGUUUUUAUAGCUCAGUUCUAUGGUUGAUCGAUCCAGACUUUUGCCACAUAAUAAAUACAAAAUACUAGAACAGAGCUUGGUCGAUUGAGUUUGAAGUUCAGAAUACAACUUGCUCAAGCAAGGGGUGAUGGGGAAUUCCUGUGGUGGAAGGAAAGGAGGAAGAAAGAGACACAAGGAGAAGUGUUGAUAUCGAGUCAUUGAUCUCCAGUGUCCAGUAAUUAAUUACCACACUAAGGAGUUCUUUUGUGGCAGCUCUUUUGCUGUGGUCUAUAUGCUUGAAGUGGUUUACUAACAAGUUGACACCACAUUGCACAGCAGGCCAGCAUGCUGAUUUAGGCCAUGAAAAUGCUCAUUUGGUGUAGUACAGAAACCCCAUUUUCUUCCAGGGAGGUACUACUGAUCUAAGAACUGAAGGGGAAUAGAAAAGAAAGAAAGCCUGGCUCACCGUUCUGCACCAGCAUUCCUCCAUCAUCACCGACAGCUUCUUCUCUGUGCUCCUUAUAGCAUCUGCUCCAAAGCAAUCACAGCUGGUUUUAUUGAGGAAGGAUGGCAUGCUGAAGCACAACACAACUUGCUCUAGGAAAGAAGAUACAGUUUUUCAGUCAGCACAAAGAAAUAAUAGCCAUUCAGUCAAAAAAUAAAGCAGAGUAAAACAAGAUUUCAUGUAAUCGUAUAAUCACACAACAACUAAAGCCAGAGGAGGUGGCUGGAAAUGAUUCCAAUCCCUCUGAUGUGUUCAAAUCUAUCACUGUCCAGACAUAUCAGAUAACAUAACUGCUCACAUACUAUCAAGUGUUUGACUAACUCAUUAAUGCUUUCAUUCAGGAAAAUUAAUGUUUUCAUUCAGGAAAUACCUUCCUGAUGAUCUCUCAAGGCAAUGGGAAAACAAACAACUGCUAUAGAUUGCAUGUGACUCAAUUGAAAUCGCUUUUAGUUGAAGUUGUGUAUUUAGCCCAGAUUCAAGGUCCAUCUGUAUGGUUGUUUAUCUUUUUCCUUCAGCAUUUGUGCAUAUAAAAAAAUUUCCCACAGUUUUCCAUUGGUAUCAGAACAGUCACAUUUCCCAGGGGUGAGAUAUAAAACAAGCUGUGAAGCAGAGCCCACAGCACACAGUUACCUGGCAUCAUGCUUGGAAUCCUCUUUGCUGUGCUGAGUCUGGCAGCUGCAGGUAUGUGCUCAAUUUCAACACCAUUUCUAAAGGAAACAUGACUUAAAAUCUAAUAACAACUUUCCUUUAUUUUUCUUUUUGAAAAAGCAGAAUGACACAAUUAAUUAAUUGCUUUUGUUAAUUAAAAGGUUCUCUCAGAAUGGCAGUGAGGUGCUACGUUACUAUGUUCAUAUCACAGAGGUUCAAGCAGCAUCACUGCUCUCAGCCUGUAGCAAAACCUUAUUUUACACAGCCAAUCCAUGGCAAAUUGUUCUGCAUUUGCUAUGAGCUGCAUCUCAGUUGACUCACGAGAAUUUGGUUGAGCCUAUGUGGUUUGAUUACCUGCCAAAAACCAAAUAGGCUUUAUAUAACAUCGCUCAGCCUUAACUGAUGGCUGUAUCUUCACCCAUAUCACAUCCAAUUGUGGGCUGUAUCUCUGCCUUUCAACGUUCUACACAGUCUAUAUUAAACCAACAAACAAACCAAAAGAACAACCAGCCAACAAACCCAACCCUCUCUUACAGAAUUCUUUUCCAGUUUCUACUUUUAAAACAUAUCUUUGUAUGUUUUCCAGCCUUUGGCUGUGGGGUUCCUUUCUACCCACCUGCUGUGUCUCGAGUUGUUGGAGGGGAAAAUGCAAGGCCAUUCAGCUGGCCCUGGCAGGUCUCUCUUCAAUAUCAAUCAAGUGGUCAAUGGCAUCACAGCUGUGGAGGAACCCUCAUUGCAACCAACUGGGUGUUGACAGCUGCACACUGCAUCAGUUCUAACACGAAAUAUCGAUUGCUCCUUGGGAAAUACAACCUGGCAGCUGAGGAGCAAGGAUCCGUCACAGCCUCCCCAGAAAAAAUCAUUGUGCACCAGAGAUGGAAUCCAUACAACGUUGCAAAUGGGUAUGACAUUGCUUUGAUCAAACUCACCCAACACGUUACACUGAGCGACAAAAUCCAGCUGGCCUGCCUCCCUGCUGCACAAAGCAUCCUGUCAUCCAACACCGCCUGCUAUGUGACAGGAUGGGGAAGACUGCAGACAAAUGGAGCUCUCCCAGAUGACCUGCAGCAAGGCCUGUUGCUGGUGGUAGGUUAUGCAACUUGUUCUCAGCCCAGCUGGUGGGGAAGCACAGUGAAAACCAGCAUGGUGUGCGCUGGCGGAGAUGGAAUCACCUCCAGCUGUAAUGGGGACUCUGGUGGCCCAUUGAAUUGUCAGAGUGCAAAUGGCAGAUGGGAAGUGCAUGGCGUUGUCAGCUUUGGCUCUUCUCUUGGCUGCAACUAUUAUCGGAAGCCUUCUGUCUUCACCCGGGUCUCUGCUUACGACAGCUGGAUCAAGCAGGUUAUGGCAAGCAACUAACCCAGAGAGACCUGUGUGACAGAUGAGAACAGUGCCAAGAACAACAGUUUGAAUAAAGUCAUAAUCAUGCCACCUUUGAUCACUAAUAGCUGGGAAAUUAUGCUUUUAAAUGCAAUAAACACUGUUCUUUUGCAACAUAAAAGAAAAAAACACGUGUCUGUCAUUUCUUCUUGUGCACUGUCAAGAGCGGAGCAAGUGUUUUGUGAUGAUGCUGAGCACAUUUUAAAGCCUUUCCCCUACCUUGGGCUGGAGCUGGAUAUUCAUCUGGGGGAUGUGAGGAUCAGGAGAGUGGUGAGCCAUGGGAACAACUCUGAGGGAAGAGGAGGUGAGGAAGCAAAGAGCUGAUAUAGCAGGAGGCGGGCAGGCAGCAGAUGGGAUCUGAGUGGGAUGCACUGGGACCAGCAGCGGAGAUGCCCGGUGGGAAGGCAGCACGGAUGCCAGCAGGUCAGCACAGGUGAGUGUGGGCAGCACUGCAAAGUGCUUUUACACCCCGUGACACCCCAGGGUGUUGGGGUUUA